AUGACACUGUUUUUUGUAACUUGUGUCGGUAGUGCAUCCAUCUCUGGUCUCCAGAGAUCGUCUACAGCACGUAGCGGUUUGCGAGCUGUUCCGAGGUCUAAAGGAACUGCGUUUCGCAUGCGUAAGGGUCGUGCGAAGAACGGGCUCCUCAUGAGUAACGGGCCUGGUGACGCUGGAUCGGGUCCAGUUGGCCCUGAGGGUGGCGCAGACGGCUCGAGCGGCUAUGCAGCCGACCAGGACUAUCCUUCGGACUCGUAUCGCAGGACACCAGCGGAGGCGAUGCGCUCUGCUGUGUUUGAUAAGGCGAAAAUCGCCCAAACGAAACUCAAGUUGCUACAGCUCGCUGCGUCGACGGGACGAGGCGAUCUUGCGAGUACCGCUCAGCGUAACCUCGUAGAAGAUCUGGUCACGCAGCUGGAGUCCAUGUCACCGACUGUGUCUCCAUUAGAGUCGGCGGAUAUUAAUGGAAAGUGGCAGUUGGUGUACUGCUCGAAACCGUUGUACAAGAUCAAUCCGUUCUACUUGCCAGCAGCGACACCACUCGGUAACUUGGGCGUGAUCACCCAAACCAUCAACAUGGACCUUGGAGAGCUCGUCAACGAGGCAGAGGUGCACUCUUUUCCGGCGGUGAACGGCGUCGUUGUUUCAGUCUCUCGCGUCCUGCCGGUGAGCGAGACACGGAUGGAGCUGCUGGUGGAGCGGGUGACGCUGCGCGCUAAGGACGUCGCGGGGCGUUUCGACCUGGGCGGCCUCAAGCUCGAUAUCCCCGUAGAGGGAUUCUACGACAGGCUCCAGGGUGGACAGCCAGGACGGCCUUUCUUGGAUAUUAUCUUCAUGGACGAAGACCUACGUGUGUGCCGAGGCAAGCAGCGUACGAUUUACGCUUUCACAAAGCUGUCCAGAUAG